AUGGGAAACGCGCUCUCCAGCCUGGGAUUUAACCAGCCCUUCUUUUUUACGCUUAUUGGGUAAGUUAAGGUGAAAUUGGAAGUAAAAUUAAUGUUUUUGGAAGAAAAAAAGCGCUGGAAAUUAAAAUUGAAGUUUCAUGGAGUAUUUUUUAUUAGUUUGUAAAAGAAGUGUAGUUGCGAAUUUUAGAAUUAUGCUGCUUUUGAUUGGAACGGUCGCCUUGGUCAGUGAUCCACAAGAAGAUGAGAUGGAGCUGCCCAGCCGGUUUGACCAGACUUAUGUAAGUACUUUCACAAUGGUUUAAAGAGCAUAGCAAGUUAUUUGGAAUCUUUUGUAGUUUUUUAAAUAGUGUUUUUUUUCGCUGAAAAUUAACUUGUUUGCAAAAAACGAUGACUUUUCCACAAAAAAUCCCAUUUUUAAACCGCUGAAAUCAUUUGCUAUAGCCAAAUUUGCUUUUCCAAUUAUUUUUCAUGGACGCUAUGAAGCUAAUUUAUUUUGUAAUUACUAUUUGCAGACAAACAAAAAUUAUAUCAGUUUUUAUAUUAUUUUAGGCCAAUAUAUCGCUUGGACGGCCGAAAAAUCGGAAUAAACCGACGAUGAAGAUGUAUUGA